AUGGAUGAAAAUGGUUAUCCUUCUUAUCAAAGGAAAAAUACAGGUAAAUUGUAUUCUAAAUCAAAUAAUUAUUCAGUAGAUAAUCGACACGUAGUGCCUUACAACAAAGAACUGUUAGAGAUGUUGGAUUGUCAUAUAAAUGUAGAAAUAGUUGCCAGUAUUCAAGCCAUGAAAUAUUUGUUCAAAUACUUAUAUAAAGGUCAUGAUGCAGCUGCUAUUAACAUACAGAAUGAAAAUCCAAAUGGGAUAAUCGAACACGACAAAAUUCAAGAUUAUAUUGAAGGACGAUAUGUUGGCCCUGUUGAAGCAUGCUGGAGAAUUUUAAAUAAAGAAUUGCAAAAUAAAAGUCAUACCGUUAUCAGAUUACCUGUACAUCUACCAAACCGACACACAAUUACUUUAGACCCUGAGAAUGCAAACGACAUCCAAAAUGCAUUGGAAAAACAAACUAUGCUCAUGGAUUAUUUCGCUUUAAAUGCGAGAGAUCCAGAAGCAAGGGCUUAUUCAUACGCGCAAAUCCCCGAACAUUAUGUAUUUAAGAAAAAAGAUGCCAAAACAAAAAAAUUUAGUUGGGAACCACGAUAA